AAGAAAGCUCACAUUUUAUAGUGGGACCUGAAAGCGUCGCUCUCCUCAUCCAACAUGCAUUCGGCGUCAUCGACCACGGAGCUCAAUCCGCAUCGCCUGCCUACCCCUGCUCAAACACCAUGUCGACAUCACAACAGUCACCUGCCCGGGUACCUGUCCGUACCAGGGCUCACAGCCAAUGGCAUCGGCUCCGAUCUCUCACUCAUAUCGGGAGUUAGUAACAUUCCCUUACAGCUCUUCAGCGAAGGGCAACGCAUCACCGUCAAGGAACGGGAAUUUCUCGAGGCUGCCGAGAAGGGAGAUAAAGCCACCAUCGUUCGCUGCGUCCAGGGAGAGAAUCCGGUUAACGUGAAUGUCAGCAACCUUCUCGGGCGCAGCGCAUUGCAGAUGGCGGUAGAUAAUGAAAAUCUGGAAAUUGUUGAACUACUGCUGGCUCAGCCUGAUGUGGAGAUAGGCGAUGCUCUACUACAGGCGAUACGCGAAGGUGUCUACCGCAUGGUGGAAAUGAUGGUGAACCAUCCAAGUAUUUCCCGCCAAAUGUUGGGAGAAGGUUGGGCUUCGGCCAACAAGUCGCGGCACCAGGAGAGCUCGGACUACUCGCCGGACAUCUCGCCGGUCAUCUUGGCCGCACACUGCAACCAGUUUGAGAUCCUACAACUUCUCCUGACUCGAGGCGCCACCAUAUAUAAGCCGCACCCCUGCGUCUGCGCUUGCGCAGUGUGUGAGGAGAAACAGAAGCAAGAUAGUUUGCGGUACUCACUUGACCGUAUCAAUACGUACCGCGCCCUCGCCAGUCCGGCCUGGAUCUCGUUGACCAGUUGUGAUCCCGUUCUCACUGCCUUUAAGUUAAGCUGGGAGCUUCAACGUCUAGCAAUGAGAGAGAAUGAAUUCAAGGACAUCUAUGUGACCCUCAGUGGACAGGCAAAAGCAUAUGCCGUCGAUCUUCUUGAGCAAUGCCGGAGCUCGGAGGAGGUCAUCGCCCUACUCGACAAGCAGAGCAUGGAAGAUGACGACGACGAGGGGUAUGGGGCGGAUGAGAUGAACAGUGGCAAGCUCACUCUAUCAAGACUCAAACUAGCUCUAAAAUAUGACCAGAAACAGUUUGUGGCCCAUCCGCACACCCAGCAGCUCCUAGCUUCUAUCUGGUACGAAGGGCUCCCGGGCUGGAGAAGGCGGAACUGGUUCGUCAAGAGCUUAAUCUGUUGCGCUCUAAUCUGCCUCUUUCCUCUCAUGGCGAUCUACUACCUGAUAUUCCCUCGGACCCCGGUCGGCACACUGCUGAGGUCGCCCUUCAUGAAGUUCUUGAACCAUAGCGCGUCGUUCAUCUUCUUUCUCUUCCUCCUGGUCAUGGCAUCAUCAUCUGUCAGUGCGACGUCAGACCGAGGUCGAGCACCCGACACCACAGAGGUCUUCAUCCUCGUCUUCGUACUCGGUAUGAUAUGGGCCGAAUGCAAACAGCUUUGGGAAGAAGGCUUGAGAGCCUACAUAAGACAGUGGUGGAACUGGCUGGACUUCAUAAUGCUCUCAUUAUACCUCUGUACAUUCAGUUUACGUCUGGUGGCAGCUAUCCAGCUCAGCCGAGGGGUGUAUAAUGACGGCUUGAUACGAACCCAAUGGAGUACUUCCGACCCUACCCUAGUCUCUGAAGGUGUCUUUGCCAUCGCUAACGUGUUCAGCUUCGCUAGAAUCAUCUACCUCUUUCAGGCCAAUCCCUACCUGGGACCACUACAGAUCUCGCUGGGUUGUAUGUUGAUAGACAUCGCUAAGUUUCUACUCAUCUUCUUCCUCGUGCUUUGUUCAUUCGCCUGCGGUCUCAACAAACUCUAUUCAGACUACCUUACUAGUUUUAGAGGCAGUUGUAAGGACGGCGCAGAAGAAAAGUACGGCUCAGAAGCGAAGUACUGUUCAGCGGUAGACAAAGACUUUGAUGGACUCCCGAGAACUUUGCUGACUCUGUUGUGGGCCCUUUUUGGUUUGGUUCAGAAUACGGCACCGAAGCUCGACAAAGAAAACGCAAAUAAUCAGUUCUUUGUAGAACAGGUAGGAGAGUUGUUGUUCCUCGUCUAUCAUCUCAUGUCCAUCAUCGUUCUUCUGAACAUGCUAAUCGCCAUGAUGAGCAGCUCCUUUCAAAUUAUCGAGGACCACGCGGAUCGGGAAUGGAAGUUCGCGCGGUCCAAGCUCUGGAUGAGUUACUUCGACGAAGGGUCUACACUGCCCCCACCGUUCAACUUGAUCAUCAGUCCUAAGUCUAUACUGUAUGCCACCAUGGCAUGCAAGAGGAUCUUCUCAUCUAGGGUCAUUAAGAGCAAGCACAAGCCCAAACCAAGGCGAGGCUGUUCUAUGAAUGACUCAAUGAAGAAUGUGGAUGGUUCAAUAGGGCCGAACAACACACCUGAAUAUCGCUAUCAAGACGUUAUGAAACGGUUGGUGAAUCGAUAUAUACACCAGUGUAAAGCAGCACGCAAAGCAGACGGUGUGAACGAAGAUGAUCUCAAUGAAAUCAAGCAAGACAUUUCUAGUUUGAGAUAUGAACUUCGUGAGGAUCGGAAGAAAGAAGAAGCCCGUGGGAGCUCCAACAUGCACAACAUCCGACGAGAUAUCAUCCGUAUUGUACGAAGCACAAGCUCAACAACCGAGCAGACUAGUACAACCCAAGAUGGCCGGUCUCAACCCGGGAGUACGGCCAGCACCGAAUCGCUCCACAGUCUGAGUCGGGAUACGAGUAGCACAAGUACGAGUACGUUACGGCCGAUUCUGCUUGGGAGCACGCAGGGUAGUGCGUUCAGACGAUUCGAUAGUGCUGGUGGACGUGGUAGUAGCAAUGCAAAUCAAGGCACUCUCAACAGAUCUUAUGCACAAGAUGAUAGCGGACUAGAAGAAUUGGUGUCACGUGCCGAUCUUGAAACAAUGAAAAGAGACAUUUUACAAGGGAUACAAGUGGAAGUGCAGCAGUGUUUGCGAGAUGUUCUUCUAACGCAUAGACAUCGCCCGUCCAUCGACGGACCAACGUCACCUCCUCCCCCAGUACCUCCCCCGCCUCUUGAUGUCGAAUUCACGGAUUUACCUCCAAACGAUGAACAUUAUUUUGCAUUCAGGAAUGCAGCAUUUGAAUACGAUGAAGGGAUGAAAGCAAUUAAGAAUCCGACUUUAACUCAACUCUGAAAGAAGCUCCACGAGGAACUCAAUGACUUGAAUCAACAAUGAUUGAAAAGCGGGUCUGAUAGUAACAGAAUGAACAUUCACUUUGUAUUGUUUUUUACUAGAUUAAUAGUUUUGACAUUUGCCAUUUUUCAUUAACGAACGACAAAAAACAUUACAAAUACAAGUGUAAACGAACAAUUUAGGCCAGCUUACUAUGAUUAAAGAAAACUUAACUGUCAUGUACAUAGAUGAAAAGGAGGCCUUUCUUCUUCAGAGCAUCUGGAUGGACAGUCCUGAAAUCUGUAGGCCUAUUCUUAAUUAUUAUAAAGCAGUGUGUGAGAGUGCGUUUGUAAGGGUCUUUAUAUGAUUCGAAAUGGACCAAUACCCAAGGAUCAUCAUUCAAAUGGUCAAAGUAUCAGAUCACUUUAACCGUUUCACCUCCAUGGCUUCACCAACGAUCAACUGUCAUCUACUGGCCCAAGAAAUAGAUCAAAAGAAACCCGGAGUAUAGAAGACUUGGACAGUUUUGAAACUUGAAAGGAAGGAUGUUAAAGAGUCUAGCAAGGAAAAGAGUGGACGGAUUUGGAUGGAGAAAUGAUGUCAUCAAUAUUACAUCUUUACAUUCUGUAAUAGUAAUGUAUAAAUAAAACAUGGUUUAUGCAAGACGAGUCUUUAUAAAACCCAUUAUAGGGUGUUUGUAAUAACGUUAAGUCACGUAGUUUGUCAUUUCAAUAUCACUUUCACGCAACACUAGCCUUUAUGAGUGCUUUGUUUUUUAAACAGUGAUUUGAUUUUUGCAGUAUAAAACCUAGAAAGUAUUCAAUUUUACAACAAAAUGUGCAGAUCUUCAAAUAAAAUUUCAUUGGGGCUUGUGAUAAUUUAAAGCACAAUUUGAGAAGGGGCCCCAGAACAUGUCUUUCCCUUUUCUUAGGCCUACAGCAAACAGCUAGGAUACAAUCAAAAGAUUAUUAUAAAAAGGGUCCAAAUAGCUUAACACCCUUUCCCCUCCAACAUUUCUUUGUGCAAUUUAUAUUAUAAACAUGUUGGCAAACCAAAGAUUUUGAAAGUUUAAACAAAAAUUAUAUUAUAAGUGUUGUUAACUUAAGACAGCCCUUUUGAGUUAUGCCGGCUUAUUAUAAAAUCUUACGACUUUGUUUGUUUAAUUUACCGACUAACCUGUCUGCAUACUAAGUUUAACACCCCCUCUUCCGCUUCGAAUGGUCUUAGCACCCCUCCCCCCCC